AGGCAGGCAGGCAGGAGCAUCCCCUCCAAGGACCAGGGCUGUGUGGUGUGCUUAUGUUGGGGGCCUCUUGCCCUCCCUGUGGGGGCCCCAUGGCCCUGUCGGCCCCCCGCUGAAUAGGAUGCUGCCUGGCGGAGGGGGCGGCGUGGGGGUCUUCUGGGUGCUGCUCUCCUGCUGCCUGCUGGCCGCCUGCAGCCUGGGCUUCCUCUCCCCGGCCUGGAUUGUACGGGACGGGCACCAUCAGGAAGGGGUCAGCUUUGGGCUGCUCUGGCGCUGCCCCCCAAGUGCCAUCGGGACCCUUGGAGCCCCCUGCCCGGAAGAAGAAGCAGCAGCCGGAGACGCCUUCAGUGCCCUGGGCAGCUUCGCACACAUCCCCUCCAGCUCCUGGCAGACGAGUGCCGUCUUGUGCGGCGGAGGCUGCCUGCUCUUGGCGGUCAGUGCCCUCCUCGCCGUCGCCGUCCUCUUCCUCCCCGGCGGCCAGUGCGAGAGGCGGGUCUGCACCUUGGCCGCUUACAUCCAGAUGGCAGCAGUGUCCAUCAUGGCGUUUGGGCUCUUGGUCUACCCUUUUGGCUUGGCUUCUGCAGCUGUGAGGAAGCGCUGCGGAAACGCGGGUGUCUACUACGCGGGUGACUGCCAGAUCGGCUGGGGGUACAUGCUGGCCAUUGUGGGCGUCAUGCUCUCCGUCUUCCUGCCCUUCUUCGCCAAAUACACCCCCAAGGAGCAGGCCUCCCCCACCCCGAUACCCACCAUUUUAUAGUAUUUUUUCAGCCCUUUUCCACCAAGGAUUCCGACGUUCCCGAAUUGCGUUGACGCAUGUUCGCCAUACGCUUGAAAAACACAAGCAUUCCCGAUCGGCGGGAAACAAAUCUGGCGGAUUGGAUGCCUCAAGAGAAAGAUAAGAGAUCUGGGUUUUUAUCCUGGAAAUAUCUGUCUACCUCCCAGUUUCUUCUUUAUGUAUGUGUCUUUUUUCUCUUGAAAACCUUUUUAAAACCUGGAUUCACUUUUGUAUCUUCUUGACUUCACUUCUGGGCCUUUUUUUUUGAAGUUUUUAAUUGUGUGAGUGAUAAGAUUAAAUAGUGGAAGGACAACACGUUAUUCACUGAGGAAGGGGUCUCUUCCUUUUUGGCCUUUUAUUUGUGCAUGCCAAUCCCGAACAGAGAAAGACCUUUUUUCUACUGUGGUCAUUUGAAUUUAGUUUAAUUUUAUUGCUGAAUUCAUGUGGUGAAUCAGAUGAUUGAAAAGUGAUGGGGCAUAUUUCCAAGUGUGGUUUCAUACAGGUGUCCCGAAUGUGGACCAGGGAGGUCUCCGAGUGAGCCUUGUUUUCCAUGAGUGUGGUUUGAGUACUGGGACCUCAUCACAAUAGGAAAUACUCCAUUUCUGAUACAAUUUGGGAACGAUUUCCAAUGGGUUCCAUUACACGACGUUUGCCACAUCCCGUCAGUAAUCUGUCUGCAAAAUGUCGCAGAACCAGAGUAUUUUUAUACAUGAUUCUAAUCCUUGCAUUUAAAAUCAUACAAAGUUUUCCAUCGCUGAAGUGCUGUUUUUUUGUGUGAUCAAGAAAUCAGUAUGGAUCCCGUCAGCAACUAUUAGACUUCAAAUUCAGUGGUGUGUCUAGGGGGAAAAGUCUCUUGCCCUUGGACUGUUUGUGAUGGAAGCAGCCACCAUUUCUGUUUGGGAUGUCGAAGGACCAUAAAAGGAAAUCGGGAAUUGCCACUUUACCUCAUUCUAUUUUUUUAAAAGAUUUUAACUAGAAUCUGUGCAAUUUCUUCCUAUUAGUCAAUAACUAUUAUGCCUUCUCAGGAGGAGAAGUGGCAUUGUCAGAAGCUGCCGUCGCCUCUGCAUCGCCUUGAGUUCAGCUUCAUGAAACCGAAGGAUGCAGUAAAGGAGCCAUAUCGAAUGAAUCAAUCUUAUCAUUUAGAAAUCUGAUAAGAUUAAAUUCCUCAGUAAUCCUGAUUCAAUUCUGCAGUACUCUUUAUUUCACACCAAAAGGUAGCAAUCAGGUAAAUGCAUUUACUAUGCAGAUGUGAGAAUGCUUUCAAAUCUCGCAAGAGUGGUAGUUCAAGACUUCGAGGCUACACAAUAUGAGAUUUUUUAAAGGGUCAUGGAGGGAUGUAGAGAGUUUUCUGAACAGAUUGGAGGAGACAUCCUUCCGUGGUGUGAUGAGUCAAAGCGGAGUAUUUUCUGAAGGUAAAAAUCAUAGUAUUUGAGUGUGAUGGGUCAGUAUGCAACCCGUCUGAAAACAGUAUGCAAUCAGGAAAAAAAAAAAACCAAUGCGAUUCAUACUCAUAGAAACAGAUUACAACCAUGGAGACUAAAGUUCGAAUCUCCACUCACUGGUCCAGUCACAUACUUCAGGAAGCCCAUGAUAAGGUCGCCAUGAGUUGGAAAUGACUUGAAGGCCCACAACAACAAGGGCCAUUCUCAUCAUUAUCGCAUUGCCACUGUGAUAAUUUCGAAGUGAAAUGGGGCGAUUUGUGGGUUGGAAUAGACAUGUGUCAGAGUUUGCCUGACAAAUGCCCUCUACAAUUCUCUGUAGUGUUUCUCAGUAGGGAUGGGCUUGGCCUAGAUGGCCCCUGGAGUACCUUCAGAUCCUUAUAUGUUAUCUGUGCUUCCGUUCGCUGGCUAAGAAUCCCAUAUCACUCCACUAGCAAAGUUGGUGAGAAAUAUCAACACUCCAGAGAUCUCCUUGUGAAAUGGUUUGGAAAACGAACCCAUUCCCAUCUCCAAAAAUAGUCUCCAGUUGACCAUAAUUCUUUCAUUGUUGAAAACUGGAAUGUGAGCCACAAGUAAGAAUACAAGUUUUGUUGAUGUGGUUUCUUUGAGCAAUAACUCUUUGAUUUUUGCAUUUUUACAUUUGCUUCUUUUUUGGUCAUUUCUCAGACUAAGAAGGGAUGGAUAGACCCGCUUCAUUUACUUCUCACUUUUCCAACUUUCCUUUCAGGGCCUGGAGUUUCUCCAGACUUUAACUUGGCUCCUUCCAUCCACCAAGAAAAGAAAUGGUAGGCAAAUUAGUAAACAGUUUUAUGUGUGUGUUCACUGGACCCAUGCCUUUUUUAAGGGUACAGUUUGGCCUUGUAUAUGCAAUUUUGGUAAGCGUGUUUGUCCUAUAAGUCCUUCACAAUAUUGUACAGACAGUCCUCACUCAGGGAUUGACAUUCAACCACCAUGUUUGCCACAAGCCACAUCCCUGAUGAAUAUGGAUUUGUUUGGAGUUUUUAAAUAUCAGAAAUAACCAGUUUGUUCCCAAUUUUAGGGAAAGAACACAUGCGUUUUGGCUCAAGCCAAAACAUUAAAGGAGAAUCAUGUUUUCUUGGGCUUCCAGAAUGUUAAUUUGCAUGGUCCCCCCCCCCCUUCAAAUAAAGUAGUCAUAAAGACUGGCAGGAGGCAAGUGAAUUUUCAGGCGUUGUGCCCCCUGCUAUAAUAGAUAUCUCCUGUGGAAAUAAUAAUAAUAAUAAUAAUAAUAAUAAUAAUAAUAAUAAUAAUAAUAAUAAUACAUGGAUUCCUAAACUAUUUUAUUUUUUAUACUUGUGAAGUUUGGGGAAGUGCCAAAUUUUGGAAGAUACUGAGUUUUGAUUGACAUCUAUUGACUCAAAAGUGAAAAAAUUCUAGUGAGACUUAAAAAGUAUAAAUCAAAUUAAUAUAAUUUCCAUUCUUAGUAAGAUUCUUUUGUGUUUUAUGGAAUCCUGCCACAUUUCAGUGUCUACAUCAAGGGCAAUAAAUUGCGCCUGAGAUAUUACUGGACUGCAUCUCCCAUAAAACAAACAAAUUUUCUAGACAUGGUUUUUCCCCUUGAGUGAUGCUCAUCCCAUUUAAAGUCCGAUGUGUCUUUAUCUCUCAUUGCUCGAUCAAACCAAUUUUACCGUGCAAAAUUUGUAAUAAGAAAGUAAGAGAAAUGCAGGGUUAGGGUGGGCUGCCAUCUUUUCUGUCCUAACUAGCCUGUGCCUUUUCAAAUCAGGAUGAACCAUUUGCAGCAGCAAACAAUGGCUAUUAAAUAUUAAAUGUUCAUAACGCAGUGAAAAUGGUGUACCGUCUUGUUGUAAAAAAAAAAAACAGAAAAUCAACUCUGUAUUUUGUAUAUGUGUGCUUUUUUCUUUAAACCUGAUUUCUAGAACUUGAAUGGACUAUCCACUUUUCCCCUCCAAAACUGGUUACUGUCGCCAUUUGUUUCUGAGGUGUCUCUGGGGAAAUGCUUGAACAAUGCUUCCAUUUUGUAAUUUGAAAACUCUAGGAACUGUUGCUUUAGGUUCGACAGUUCCUUAAAUACAUGGCUAUGCAGGUUCAAAACAAAAAAUGUUGGAUUUCUUGUGGUUCUCGGAGGAGAUUGGCUGUGCACUUGUCCCUCCUCCACAUUUGCGUUUUCGACUUCUGUGGAUUUGAUUAUUCACAGAUUUGACUGAAAAUGUCCUUUCUCCCUUCUUCUGCGAAAGGCGACACGAAUGACCGAUUCAGAUCCAAUUUUUAUUCUAAAACUAUAUAUAUAUAAUAUAUAUAUUUAAAUAUCUAUAUAAAGAUUUUACAUGUAACAAAAAAGUUGUGUUUUCCAUGACUGUGGUUUUUCCCUGUAUUUUUUGUCAAAGUGGCCCCUUUUUUUAGACAACUAACUCCCCAAUGUCCUUUGUAUUUGACUUGUGGAAGGAAAUGCUUUCCAUGGUUUGAAGUGUGACUUUUAUGACUUGCCAACACUGUGUUAUAAUAAAGCAAUUCCUUGCUGUUGA